GAGCUGGGUGCGGUGUUUGUUGAAGAAAUUGCGGCAGAGGUGAAGACAGUGCUGCCGUUGAGGGUGAGGAUGCUGGAGUUGAUGGUGAUUAAACAAGACUCUUUAGUAUUGUCGACUUGGUGGUGAAGGAAGACGUUGUUGUCAAGAAAACGUGAGCGCGCGCUGAUCUGACUCCAACGCUUUGGAAAAAACCUACUUCAAGCAUUGACGUCGCCAGUGUACAAAACUUAUAACUGCUAGAAAAAAACAAAAUAAAAAAACUCAGGCCCACGGCAGAAAAUGUCUGGUUCAGAGAUGCUUUGGGAACCCAGGGGAUGCUGCGGGAUGAGUCUCAGGACCGGAAGUCUUUGCCUUGGUUCGCUAGUCCUGGUUGGCGCCCUUCUGAGUCUUGCUAUGACUGCAGAGGGCAUCCUCACAUACGACUUCAGUUUCGAAGUGGUUCGGUUCUGCAACAAAAACGUCCACUGGGAACAAGACAGGUGUCAGGUUAUCACAAAAUACACAGGUCUGACCAUUGUGAGUCUUCAUGUGAUUAUCAACAUCGCAGAAGCUGUUUUUAGCAGCAUGCUAAUCCACGGCAUAAGGAAGAACAAAACACGGUUGAUGGUGCCCCUGAUGGUGCUUUGCGUGUCACAAAUUAUAUUACUGAUAAUGAUUUCCAUGCUACCGUUAGCUGUCCUGGCUUACAUCCACAGCUGGGAGGUUUUCCUGGUAGCUGCAGGCCUUUUUGGAAGCAUCAUUUUUGUGGAAACCUAUUUUGUCCUGGUCCUACGAGCCUAUUGGUUGGAGGUCAAAAGGAAUAAAGCCCAGGUCCAUCUUCGCUUGGAAGAAGAAGAAGACGAUUUCCCUAAAUGUAUCGAAGAGGGGAAGAACAUUGAGUCAAAAAUUAUCGAUAUCUAGUAUUAACUCUUGGUUCCCCUGAAAGGAAAGAAUUAUGGGAAAUUCGCAAUGACGUUCUCAGCAAAUCAACAACAUCCAUGCUGUACGUAUAGCAGGUUACAAUAAACGGGAUUACGUAGCAAAACCUAUUCAGACUUCAGUAGCUUUUACACUUAAUAUUUGGACAUAUCUUCAUCUACCCAAAGGAUUCACUGAUACAACUAAUAACACGAAAAACUGUACGUUUCAUUUAUUGUUGGGAAAUCAACAAAGCCUGUAUUUUCUAUUCAGUGUAACGGCCGCCUCCGCUGAGAAUAUCCUAGCAUUUAGAAUAGGCGCGGAAAAUUGGUUACAAACUUUAAUAAAGAUCAUCAAUUUGGAGUCAGUACCGUCAAUGCGGUACUAAUAGAUGUCAAAGUAUACAUUUUUUGGAUAAAUUAAAAUCAUGCUCAUAAAAUACGAAGAUAAAUCCCUCGAUGCAGCCUCGUUCUCUGAAGGCCUGUGCCUACUUGUUAGUUCAAAUACUGAAUACAUUGUUGAGAUAUAUAUGUAUAUAUACAAGUAUAUAGCUAGUAUAUACACAUACACAGCAGUAUUCUUAUAUACAUAUAUAUGAUGAAUUCACAACUGUAUAUACUUUAGGCAUACAUACAUGUGGUUCAUGUAACUUUAUUUUAGGUGUGUGUGUGUA